AUGGCGUCUGCUCCCCGUCUCCGAGUUCCGCCCAAGGAGCCAGAGGCGCGCAAAUGGCGGGGAAUAGAAGACGACGCAUCCGGGUCCGGGUCCGGUGAGGCAGGACGCCCGGCUCUUCUCUCGUUUAAUAAGAUGCCGGAAUGGUUUCAACACGACAACAACAAGUGGAUUCUUCACGGUUACCGGCCCAUAUCGGGCUCGGUUCGCGCCUCGUUCCGCAGUUGGUGCCAUCUCCACAACGAGACGGUCAACAUCUAUUCCCAUCUCGUUCCAGCCGUUGUCUUCCUCCUCGGCGAGUGGUAUAUCUUGCAGUACCUUGCUGGCAAAUAUUCCAGAGUUACUAGCACCGAUUUUGUUGCUUUCUCAUUCUUCAUGCUUACGGCGACCAUUUGCUAUGCAUCUUCGGCUCUUUAUCAUACUUUGAUGAACCACUCUCGCACCGUGGACCAUUUCUGCCACCGACUAGAUAUGCUCGGUAUAGGGAUCUUCAUAGUCGGUGACAUUGUCUUGGGAGUAUAUAUAAUCUUUUGGUGUGAGACUACGCUACGCAAUAUUUAUUGGUCUAUGAUUGGGGUUUUCGGGGCAUUGACCAUCAUCACGAACAUGCAUCCCAAGCUCCAGAGCCACAAGUAUCGCCCCAUGCGGACACUAGCGUUUGUGGCGACUGGCAUGUCCGUUGUGGCGCCCUUGAUUCAUGGGCUCGAUACAUUCGGGCUAGACCUGAUGAAAAAAAAAGCCUUCACCUAUACUAUGGUGGCAAAGAUAGGCUGCCUUCUAUCUGGAACCGCGCUUUAUGUAAUGAGGUUUCCCGAAAGUUGGUGGCCUGGAAAGUUCGACAUGUGUAGCUCCCACUCAUUCAUGCACAUCCUAGUGGUCUGCGCCGCUGUUAUCCAGAUGAUGGGGUAUCUGGGAGCCUUCGACUAUGCUUACUCGAAUAUUACCUGCUCGGCCUCUUGA